AUGUCCUCAAAUAACGGUGGUGUGGCUGAUCCUGUUCAUCCCUAUCGUGGAGUUCGAGUACAACUCACAGAAUCUGAUGAUGAACAAGAUAAUAAUAAUCACACCCAAGAAGAUGAAUAUCAAUCUUUUGUCGCAAAUAAUAAUAACAACAAUUCAAGUAGAUUUCAAUCACUCCGACAAUUCUUCUCAUGGAAUAGAAGUAGUAAUAAUAAUUCUAAUAAUAUCGAUACACCAACACCAGCUAUUAAUGAUACACCAGAACAAGCUACAGAAACAAGAUCUCCAUUCCCAUUUUCAAAUCUAAAUCCGAAUUUAAGAAGGAGAAUUGUGGUGUUAAUGGUAAUAUCGAUUCUUUUUAUCAUAAUUAUUGCUAUUCACUUUAUACUUGUGGCAGCUUUUGUUAAACCAUCCUCAUCAUCAUCCGAUAGUGGACAGGAAAAUUCUUCUGAUACUUCAAACGCAAACAGUUUUCGAACUGUUUUACUCUACACACUCACAAUUCCGAAUGCAAUUUUGUUUUCAUGCAUUGCUUUUUGUUGUACGUGUUUGUGGGGAAAGAGACUUCUCGCAUUAUGUUUAAAUCAUAAUAGAUCCACCUUGAUCAGAAAUCUCAAAUAUUACAUGUUAAAGUAUGGACUUGCUCGUUAUGAAGGAGAACAUGAUGAUUGGGAAGGAGAGGAAAUUUCUGAAAGAAAUCAACGACUUUUAGAAUUAUUACAGAGCCGUGGAAUGGAUGUCAAUUCAUUGAGAUUAAUGAUGAUUGAUAGAGAUUUUAAUGCAAAUGAUUAUGAUACUCUUUUACAAUUAGAUGGGCAUCAUGCUGAACCUAGAGGUGUUUCAGAAAACACUCUUUCACGUUUAACAGUAUACAGAAUACCUCCGCUUUCAGCUGUAGAACAUUCCAAUGAUGAUUCAGAGCUGUACACUGGAGUUCCUACCAAUGGAGCUAAUUCAAGUGCAAACAAUGAACAAGAUUCAUCUGUGCCUUAUUGCUCUGAAAAUUUAGGAAGAAGUCUUUUAGAAGAAUCUUGUUGUAUUUGUUUGAGCAAGUAUGAAUCUGGGGAUGUAGUUUGUACUCUACCAACAUGUUUACACAAAUAUCAUCGUGAUUGUGUUUUCCAAGCAUUGAGAAUGAGGAAUCAAUGUCCUAUUUGUAAAACAGCUAUUUAA